AUGGGUUCUUUGCCGACUGCGGGGUGGAGGCAGCUCGACGUCGGAGUCGUCGGCGGUGGUAUCGGUGGUAUGUCCGUCGCGAUCGCCCUCCGCCGCGCCGGCCACAAGGUCUCCAUCUACGAGCGCAACGACUUUGCCGGAGAGGUCGGUGCCUCCGUCUCAUGCGCCGCAAACGGCACUCGCUGGCUGCAUGAGUGGGGUGUCGACGUCCAGAAGGGCGACCCUGUCGUGCUGAAGAAGCUCAUCAACCGCGACUGGAAGACGGGUGAGCCGGUCAGUGUGUACGACCUGGACGACUACGAGGAGCGCUGGGGAUACGUUUACAACAUGUUCCACCGUCAAUACAUGCACUCGAUGCUCAAGGACACGGCCCUCGAGGAGGCCGGAGAGGGAACGCCUGCCAAGCUGUUUGUUAACUACAAGUGCAAAGAGAUGGACAUCGCUGCCGGAAAGGUGUCAUUCGAAAACGGACACUCUGCCACGCACGACUUGAUCAUCGGAGCCGACGGCAUCGGCAGCGCGGUGCGGGGCCUCAUCGGCGUGAAGCCGGCGAAGCGCCCCGCCGACUCGAGCUGCCUCCACGCCAACGUCCUCACCGAGGAUGCGGUCAAGGCCGGCCUCGUCGACUACUCGCAGGACGCCGCUCUCGAGUACUGGGGCGGCCAGGAGGGCAAGUGGGACAAGAUUGUCCUCUCGCCUUGCAACGGAGGAAAGCUGCUGUCCUACUACUGCUUCUUCCCCAGAGACAAGGGCGACUACACCAACCAGGCUUGGGGCGUCGAGGACCGCCCCGUCGAGGAGCUGCUCGCUCCUUACCCUGAGUUGGAUGCGCAGGUCAAGGCGCAUCUCGCCAUCGGCAUGGACAUCCAGCCCUGGCGUCUGUGGAUGCACAAAGACAAGGUCUGCCUGUUGGGCGAUGCAGGACACCCUAUGAUGCCUCACCAAAGUCAAGGAGCUUGCAUGGCGAUUGAAGAUGCGGCUGCCCUUGGCAUCCUCUUCCACCCCAAGUACUUCAACGGCGACGUGAACGAGACUCUGUCCAUGUACAACGAUGUACGCCUGCCCCGUGCUACGAGGGUGCAGCAGGCUGCUGCGAAGGCGGCCUACAACAUCAACGAGCGCAUCGGCUUCUCCAGCAAUGCCGACAGCUGCAGCACGUACAAGGUUGAGGACGAGAAGGCCAAACUCACCAUCGAGGAGAUGAAUGCCUAUGAUAUGUACAAGGACAUUGAGGAGGUCAUUGCGAAGAGGAACGGAACUGCGUUUACGCAAAAGUUCACCAAGGGCCUUCCCAUCGGCCUCAAGCUCCCCAACGGCGUGAUCAUUGGGCAGUAG